AUGUCGAAUCAGAUAUCUCAAUGCACCCAAUAUAGUUAUGGCAUCAACCAGACUGUCUACCUUACGAUGCUCCCAAACGAAUUAAUUUUGCUCAUUGCCGAAAAAUUUUCACAGAAGCGGGAUCUAAACUCGCUUCUACGAUGCAAUCGUCGCCUACACGGUCUACUCAACCAGCAACUCUAUCAGCUAGAUGCGCGAUCUCGUAAUAAUGACGCUAUGUGGCGAGCCGUGGACACUGCAGAUGUUGAUCUAGCAAAGCGUGCUAUCGCUGCAGGUUCGGAUCCAAACAAGAGAUGUGAAGCAGGGAUAUGGGCUCGCUACCAUCCACUAUUCGUUGCGGUCGUUCAAGCAAGGAAUACUUCGAAGAUGAAACUUAUACCCAAGGAUGAACUGCCAGGCUUCCUGGAGAGAAAUGAUAGCCUUAUUCGAUAUCUGGUUUCCCAGGGUGCAGACGUGAACCAUUCGGACAACUACCAGGAAUCACCCCUGUGGAAGGCCGUAUCUAUGGGGGAAAUAACUUCUGUCCGUUUAUUUCUUGACAAUGGCGCCGAUGUCUCAAUGCAGGAUUGCCAAGGCAGCGGGUUGGCUCACCUCGUAGUUCGUCCUGCUCAAUCAAGCGGUCAAAAUGCUCUCAUCUAUUUGGAGAUACUCAACUUACUGCUUGAGCAUGGCCUCGAUCCAAAUACCAGCGAUCGGUCUAACUAUACACCUUUGCACGAGCAAAUGAACGCUGUGUCAGCCAAAAUAUUUAGAACCAGUAGGACAAAAUACCGGACUUUAAGUGAAGAAAGGGUGGAAGACGUUUUGAAGCUUCUACUAAAGUAUGGGGCUGACAUCGAUGCUCGAUCUCGGUUUGGCGAGACACCUCUUUCAAUGGCCCUAGAAUUUUUGCAAGACGAGCCAGUAUGCUUCAAGUUGUUGCUUCAUUACGGAGCCGAUACGUCUCUGUUUCUACGUCUAUGGGCCGGAUCACAAAAGAAGUAG